CGAUUCAACGGUUUCCUCACAUCUCCGCCUUAUCUUCAGCCUAUCAUCAAUAAAGAACCGCUUGACGCCAAUCGCUUCCGCCAUGGAGGCUUUCGAGAUACAUCUCGUGUCGAGAAAGAAUCACAUCAACACCAGCUCUAUCAUCGAUUCCGCAACGAGCCAUGUCUGUCCCGCCGAGAACCUCGAUAGCCCAGCAAUCGUACCCAUCAUCGGCAAAUACACCUUCCACGAAGUCGCAACGAUAGUCUCUGGCGCCUGCGCCCUCUUCAGCAUGAUUAUCUGUGGCUUCAUCAUCGCUGGCCAUGCUACCAAUUACUCGUUUCCCGUGCAACAACGCCAGAUUAUUCGCAUCGUUCUGCUCAUCCCGUGGGUUGCGCUCUUCUGUUUCCUCGUAGUGCUGGAGGAAAAGGCUGGAGUUUAUCUAGUUGAGAGUCUCGACUUCGGUUGUGCGAUCGCGUUGUCGGCGUUCUUGCUGUUGAUGUGCGAUUAUAUUCUGUCGCAUCCGGAUGGGUUUGAUGAUCUGUUUAGUGCGGGUGCGAGGAGUAGGGGAGCGCUUCAGACGAAGGGUCCUGCGUGGUUGAAGCGCAUCUGGUACGGCGUUCUUCAGUUCAUUCCCGCCAGCAUCAUCAUCUGGAUCGGCACCAUAGUCGCUCUCGCCGUAGGCCAGUACUGCAGACAGUCCAACAGCAUCCAUUUCGCACAUCUCUGGAUCACAAUCUUCAAAUUCAUCGUCACCACAAUAUCUAUUCUCUGCUGUUUGCGCUUCUACAGUCGCAACAAGCCAAAGCUACUACAGCACAAGAUCCUCCUGAAACUCUUCACAUUCAAGAGUAUCAUCGGUUUGAACGUCGCGCAGACCUUCCUAAUCAACAUUCUCGCGGGCCACGGCACCCUCUCCCCCAACAAAUACAUGACCUACCACGACAUCAACGACGGGCUCGCCUCGCUCAUCCUGGCUUGUGAAAUGCCGCUCUUCGCGCUCCUCAUGAUCUUCGCGUUCCCGUCGAAACUCUACAAGAAUAGUAACAAGGCGGCGCCUGUGGGGCCUGUUAAGGCCCUUGUUCAGGCCCUGGAUAUCAGGGAUUUGCUUGGGGCGAUUGUGAGGGGGCCGAUGAGGUUGGUGAGGGAGCAGGAGAGGGAGAUUAAGAGGGAGGGGAGUGUGAAGAUGGAGUUGCAGGGUGGGAAUGGUUGGAGUGGGUUUGCGGAGGAGACGGAGUAUAAUGGGAAUAGUGAGAGGGCUGGGGUGGCUGUUUGAUUGAGAAGACUGCUCUAGCCUUCAAAUGCAUUUCAGUAUCUUCAGGGUGGGGUCUUUGGUGGGAUGUUGGACAAGUGAACGUGACUGCGCCUGCGGUUCUCGCUGGAGCCUUGCAUGAU